GAUCCGGCCCGGCCCACGGAGAACGCAGGUGUGCUCAAGCAGUUGGGUGACUGUUCGGACCCGGCUGUCGUGAAAGCUCGGGUGGAACUCCAAAUGGAGCGGGAUGGCAUCAGAGCUAAGGUUGUGCGCAGCAAGCCGUAUGCAGGCCGUCUUCACAACUUCACGGCCAGGACCGACGAGCUCGAGAAGCAGCGGGCGCAUCGGCAGGAGCUCUUGGACAAGUGCUGGGCCCAGAAGGAAGAGCUCGAGACCAGUAUCGACAAGGUCGAAAAGGUCCUCGCAGACCUGCCACCAGAUAUUCAGGAGUUGGACACGCAGCGCUGGCAG